AUGGGGAAGAAGGAUAAGAAAAAGUCUGAGAAAGACGUUGCGGAAGUACAAUGCAGUGAAAGCUUCCAGUUGCCAUCAUCAACCGCCGAGCCCAAGCUUGACGCUUCUGAGUGGCCACUGUUGUUGAAGAAUUACGACAAGCUCAACGUGCGAACAAACCAUUAUACUCCUGCUAUCGAAGGAUGCUCUCCUUUGAAGCGAGACAUCAGAAACUAUAUUGCUAAUGGAUUUUUCAACUUGGAUAAGCCUGCCAACCCCUCUUCUCAUGAAGUAGUAGCUUGGAUUAAAAGAAUUAUGAGGGUUGAAAAGACCGGUCACAGUGGUACCCUCGAUCCUAAAGUAUCAGGAUGUCUCAUCGUUUGUAUUGACAAAACUACACGAUUGGCCAAGUCUCAGCAAGGAGCUGGUAAAGAAUACGUUUGUAUUUUCAAGCUCCACGAUAUUGUCAGUAGCGAGAAGAAAGUGAAGCAAGGACUAGAGAAACUUACCGGAGCUCUCUUCCAAAGACCACCUUUGAUUUCUGCUGUCAAACGUCAGCUUAGAGUUAGAACUGUUUAUGAAAACAAAUUGAUCGAGUAUGAUGCUGAAAAGCAGAUGGGAAUUUUCUGGGUGAAAUGCGAAUCUGGAACUUACGUCCGUACUAUUUGCGUCCAUUUAGGAAUUCUUUUAGGUGUUGGAGGACAAAUGCAAGAACUCAGACGUAACAGAUCUGGUAUUACUGAUGAACAUGACCAACUUGUCACCAUGCACGAUAUUCUUGAUGCUCAAUAUCUCUUGGAUCACCAAAAGGAUGAGACAUACAUGAGAAGAAUAGUAAGACCACUUGAAGCUUUACUUCUUCAACACAAGAGAGUUGUAAUCAAGGACAGUGCGAUUAACGCCGUCUGUUACGGAGCCAAGAUUUUGAUUCCUGGAGUUCUUCGAUUCGAUGAUGGUAUCGAAAUUGGACAAGAAAUCGUUAUCGUUUCUACUAAGGGAGAAGCUAUCUGUAUUGCUAUUGCUCAAAUGACAACAGCCACAAUCGCAUCUGUUGAUCACGGAACUGUUGCUAAAUCAAAGAGAGUUAUCAUGGAGAGAGAUGUUUAUCCACGAAAGUGGGGUCUUGGUCCAGUUGCCUCAAAGAAGAAACAAGAAGCCAAGAGCUCAUUGUCCGCUAAGUUCGAGAAGAAAACCGAAGUUAUGCAUGAGGAUGUUCCAGCUAAGAAGAUCAAGAAGGAAGCUAAGGAAGAGAGUAGCAGUUCCGAUAGUGAGUGA